AUGGAAGAACUUACGGCUUUUGUAUCCAAAUCUUUUGACCAGAAAAGCAAAGAGAGCAGCAGCGGCAGUGGCAGCGGCAACAAGAAGGAGACCAUCACGUACAGGGAAGUUUUGGAGAGUGGGUUGGCUCGCUCUAGGGAGCUUGGAAACUCUGAUUCUAACCUGCAGGACAUGACCGAGAGCAGCAACCAUUGCCCGGUGCAUCUUUUCAAAGACCACGUAGAGAGCGACAAGGACAAACUGAAGGAGUUCAACACGGGCAGGACAGCGGAAGGGAUCUACGAAUGCAAAGAGAAGAGGGAAGAUGUGAAGUCAGAAGAUGAAGACGGACAGACCAAGCUUAAACAAAGGAGAAGCAGAACCAAUUUCACACUAGAGCAGCUGAACGAGCUGGAAAGACUUUUUGAUGAGACUCACUAUCCGGAUGCCUUCAUGAGGGAGGAACUAAGCCAGAGGCUGGGACUAUCUGAAGCUAGGGUUCAGGUCUGGUUCCAGAACAGGAGAGCAAAGUGCCGAAAGCAGGAAAACCAGAUGCACAAAGGUGUGAUCCUGGGAACCGCCAGCCAUUUAGACGCCUGCAGAGUAGCCCCCUAUGUGAAUAUGGGAGCCCUGAGGAUGCCUUUCCAACAGGUCCAGGCGCAGCUGCAGCUGGAGGGCGUGGCCCACGCGCACCCGCACCUGCACCCGCACCUGGCGGCCCACGCGCCCUACCUGAUGUUCCCGCCGCCGCCCUUCGGGCUGCCCAUCGCCUCGCUGGCGGAGUCCGCCUCCGCCGCCGCCGUGGUGGCCGCCGCCGCCAAGAGCAACAGCAAGAACUCCAGCAUCGCCGACCUGCGGCUGAAGGCCCGCAAGCACGCCGAGGCCCUGGGGCUCUGA